CUUCUCGCUCUUUCUUUCUUUCUCCCCUUAGCGGUGAAGGUGUAACAGUUAUCGGUCGUCCCGAACCGGGUUCAUCCGACACCAUCACCAAUCAAGCUGAACUGAGCUCAACCUCCACACCAACAUGCCACCAAAAUUCGACCCCGGAGAGAUUAAAGUUGGUACGUUUAUCCUGUCAAACGGUACUUAAAGCAGACGCUUGGGUGACGAUCAAGAUGGCGUCGCACUCCGUCGACCUCCGCACCGCGCAUUCACAAUGUGUACAUGAGGUGCACUGGAGGAGAGGUUGGCGCCACAUCAGCUUUGGCCCCCAAAAUUGGGCCCCUUGGUUUGUCUCCCAAGAAAGUUGGUGAUGAUAUUGCCAAGGCCACCGGUGACUGGAAGGGUCUGAGAAUCACCGUCAAGCUGACUAUCCAGAACAGACAGGCAGCGAUUGAGGUGGUUCCCUCUGCCUCUGCACUCAUCAUCAAAGCUCUUAAGGAGCCCCCUCGUGACAGGAAGAAGGUCAAAAACAUCAAGCACAGUGGAAGUGUGACCUUUGAUGACAUCGUUGGUGUUGCUCGUAUCAUGCGGCCUCGUUCCAUUGCACGAGAGCUUUCUGGAACCAUCAAAGAGAUUCUGGGUACGGCUCAGUCUGUUGGCUGCACCAUCGAUGGUCGACCUCCUCAUGAUGUCAUUGAUGACAUCAACAGUGGCAAAAUUGAGUGCCCAUCUGAGUAAUAAAAUGUUGGAAAUGGAA